AUGGCUUCUCAGAAUCCAAUUUGGUCCCCUCCUUCGCAAGGCCUAUGGAAGCUAAAUGUGGAUGCUUCUUAUGACAGCAAAUCAGGGAAGGUUGGGUAUGGAGUAAUUAUUAGAAACUAUAAGGGCUGUUUGGUGGAUGGCUGUGCUGCUAUUUUUACUUGUUUAUCUCCUCUGGCAGCAGAGGGUAUGGCUAUUCGCGAAGCCCUCCUCGUUGCUUCUAGGAGAGGUUUUACUGCAGGAGUGGUGGAAACAGACUCACACCUAAUGGUGCAGUUGUGUUCUUCCUCGGGGGAGAAUGCUCCUUGGGAGCUUGAAGUGGUCCUUCAUGACAUUAAGUUUCUGUUAUCUUCAUAUCCCUCCUUAUCUGUUGUUUAUGUUGCUCGAAGAGCAAAUUCUUGUGCUCACUGGGUAGCCAACCAAAGUAGAAUAGGAAGGCUUGUAUCUAGGUGGGUUGCUAAUCCCCCACAUCAGCUUGCUAUGCUGUUGGCUCAGGACUUUCCGUCUUGCUUUGUUUCUUGA